AUGAAAACCUACCGAUGGUUUAUUUUGUUUUAUCAAGUCUUUUUCACCGAUCCGAAUCGCAUUCCA